UCUCUUCUAAUUACCCUUCUGUCCUGUCCAAUGUUAUACUAACGAGCAAUGGUAGCUUCUCUACGUUUCUGGCUUUAUAGUUCGUUCACAAAAAUAAGCGAUGGCCGGCGGCGGACAAUCUCUAUCGCUCAUGUGAAAACUUUGCAGCAGCUACAUGAUCUUAGCCGCGCGAUGGAGGAAUCGAGUAAUCAUUCUCCAUGGGUGGGGUAGUAGAGAGUGAAACAUGUGCGCCCAAUCCACAUUCACAGGCCGUUUAAGGUAGGGAUAAAGCGCGAUACUGCUGCGGUUUAUCUUCGCCGAUCCUUCCGCCACCCUAAAGUCAACUACCCACCGCCCGCUAUAACAACUUCCGCUCGCCGAGGUAUAUCAGCACCGACAUAUCCCUUUUUCACCCUCGCCCAUCAUUCGCCCACUAUGCGGCGAGGUGCACAACUGUCCGUCGGCGAUAUUAGCAGGCCUGAAAACCGCGUGCUGCGCGUGACCAACCUCCAUUAUGACGCGACAGAUAAUGACGUCCAAGCUCUCUUCGACGGUUAUGGCCUCGUAGAUUGGAAGCGAGACUACAAUUCGAUGAGCGGAAAGCCUUCCGUCGGUUAUGUGCUCAUGGCUACUUUUCAGGAUGUCAACCGCGCCCAAAAAGAGCUGGACGGGAAGGAGCUCCUGGGUCGCGCUGUGCGAGUCUGGCGUGCAAAGGCGGGAUUCCAGCUGAACGAGUACGGCCUCUUGAAUCACCCCCCGCCUGAGCUCUUUUCUUCAGCGCCGCUUGCCAGAACCAACUACCUCCCUCCGUAUGUGGAAGACCAGGAGUCUCGCCCCAUUUCACCAUACACACCCCGCCGUCAGACACGUACGAGGUCGGAAGAUCCCCAGAAGCGCGUUCUGCUUGUCAACAACCUGCACCCAGAAGCAAACGAAAGCGCCGUCAAGCUCUUCUUCAGCGACUACAAUGUCAUCGCCUUCAAGCGUAACUACAACCCCAAGACCCGCAAGCCGAUGCCCCUCGGCUUUGUCCUCCUAGCCACUAUCGACGAGCGAAAUCGUGCAAAGAAGCAGCUGAAUGGACAAAAACUUAUGGGUCGGGCGGUUGAGAUCGAAUGGGGCAACAAGGGCAUCAAGGUCAAUGAGGCUGGCUUCGUACUGUAUGAUGCGGAGGCUACCCCCUCACCAGGUCGAUCUGGCGGAGGACAUGGGGAUGCGGAUACUGUCACUGCACCACACGUGUACGAGCCUACUUAUACUGCACCCAGGCCCCAGAAGUUCCGGCACUGGACUGUGGGAGAAUUGCCGGCGGCAUCGUACCUUGAAGAAGUCCAGUACGCCGCCGAACCCGAACCUACCAACGACUUCCCGGAAGCGCCUCUCCUGCAGUGGGGAAUAGCAGAGCCUAAAGAAACCGAAGAUGGGCAUGGCCGAAGUCCUUCUGUUGGCUGUCGCGAUGGUGCCCAGCAGGCCCAGCAUGCCUACCAGGCACAAGAGGUCUUCACGCAACCGCCUCCACGAGAGAUUUUAGACCGGAGCAUAGCUCAGGAGCAAGCGCAGUACAUACCGAGACCCUGGAAUAUCGCCGGACAUGACAGCAUGGACAGGCGCGUCAACAUAAUCACGGAGCAAGACUGGUACUGGUGGUGGAAAGAGCAGGAGCAGAGGUAUCGCUAG